AUUGUGUUUACUUAUUAGAAUAUUAUUUCUGUUUUUCAUAGUAAAUAAGAUAAUAAUUUGGGUGUAUAUUAAAGUUCUGUAGAUUUGGAUGUUACUUUACUACUUAUAGUGACUAAAAUGGCGAAGAACCAGACUAAGAGCGAGCCAGAAGAGUCCAAUCGGAUGUGGGCGAGUGCCUCCUUCGUGGGCGUGCUCAUCAUCAUCGGACUCCCACUCUGGUGGAAGACCACAGAAGUGUACAGGGUAUCACUGCCAUACGACAAGAUCAGCUCGUUCGAUACUCUAUCUCACUCUAUCACCACGGAACUGACAGUGCUGGCGAAUGAUGACGCCACUGCCGCGGAGAUCAUUAACAAAAUUCUGAAUGCUUUUAAAGAUUCAGAUGUGACCAAACUUAGGAUCACAAAAUCCUUAAUCUCCAAGCAGUUACUUUCAACCCUGGAUGCCGUAGCUGACGAGCAUGAAGCAGUGGAAGAAGUGGGAGCAGUGUACGAUCUCACCAAGCAUAACACGUUCUACGUGGUGCAGAGGAAGCCACUGUUCCAGGACACCUGGCUGGCUGGAGACAGGGUCAUGUUCUUUAGAGAUGCUAAGGCGUCUAACACAGUUGCCGAAGCCUUAAAACGCGUGGUCUACCAAACAUCAGUGGUAGAAGGUGCUCGCUCUGAGACAGCUGACGCGGCGAGACAGACCAGGUUCCCGCCCGGUGCAGGGUACCAUAUUGUACUGUCUGUCGUGCAUCCCAGACCUGAUGCGCUGAAGGUGGAUCUUAAUGCUGGUGAAGCUGUUGAAGAUUACAUCGGGUCGUUCGUGGAUGAGAUGAGUGUGCUACACAACUUUACGCUCAAGUCACAGUGGCUCCAUCUACUGGACUUCGAUUUCCAAGCCAAAGAGAUAAAAGACACAAGUGACUGGGGCCGCCAUUAUGCCGUCCGCCAAGACAGACUGCACCUCCUACUGACUAAGCUUGAGGAGCGGACUGCCACACAUGUCUCGGAGCUGCCCACUAUCAACCUCGCGUUGUACGCUGUACCUUGCGAGAGGGCGCCACUUGUUAUUUAUGAUAGUAACGAUAAAAAAGUGGAGUCCCACGUCCAAGCAUUCAUGUCGCCUAAAUGGGGCGGCGUGGUGCUGGGCGGACCGAGCGAGGCUGACUGCAGGGACUCCAGCCCUGUGUGGAAACCCAACGUGAGGGUUAUCAUGGGCACCUUCAUCUCACAGCUUAGGAAGCUGCUGGGAAUUACUGAUGCGGUACACGUAAACGGCGCUCACUUAGAACCUCUCCGCUCCGUAACUCCCCGUCAGUGGGAGAUCGACAACCUGCUCCGCAUCAGGACACUGGAACAGCUCACCUCGGCUGAGAGAACGCUGCAGUCUUUGGCGCAGUUGCUGGGUGAAAUAUCAAACAUAGUGAUCAACGAUGAAGUAGGAGCAUCAAUCAACUCGGCAGUGGAGAGUAUUCAGCGAGCGAGCGAGUUGAUGUCCCGCGGCGACCUGGUGCAAGCAUACAACAUGUCGCAGAGCGCCUUCCUAGCUGCAGAGACGGCGUUCAUGGAACCUAGUCUAUUAGCGCUUCUGUACUUCCCUGAUGACCAGAAGUAUGCAAUCUACAUUCCACUGUUCCUCCCAAUAAUGUUCCCAGUGGUGUUGUCUCUCAAGAACUUAAUACUUUGGUUCAGAGGCAAACCCGUCCACAAGGAGAAGACAGAAUAAACUUGUACAAUCUUAUUUAUAUUUUAAUUAAUUACAAUUUAUUUACUGUGAAUAAAGUAUUAUUGUUUUAA